AUGAGCGGCUACCCGGUUCCGAAACCGGAGCAGAGUCAUCACCACCGCCUCUUCGAUUUCGCCAAAACAGCCAUAAUCAAAAUCUUCGCACAUCCUUACACCACUGUUUGCGAGUUGUACUGCGGCGAAGCUCCCGACACCGACAAGUGGGAAGCUUCCCUAAUCGGUCACUACAUCGGAAUCGAUACAGCGUCUUCUGGGAUAUCUUGGGUACAAGAAGCUUGGGAGAGUCAGAGGAAGAGUUACAAUGUUGACUUCUUUGAAGCUGAUCCUUCCAAGGAGGAUCUUGAAAUGAAGUUAGAGAAGAUAGUUGGGGAAGUUGAUUUAGUUCCCUGUUGGCGCCAUCUGCAGUUAUGCUUUGAAACUGAGGAGAGUGCGAGAAGGCUCCUAACUAAUGUUGCAAGUUUACUGAAACCGGGUGGUUACUUUUUCGGAAUCACUCCUGAUUCGUCUACCAUAUGGGCAAAAUACCAGAAGAAUGUCGAAGCAUACCACAAUAGGAGCGGAGGGACAAAGCCUAAUGUUUUCCCCAACUACAUUCGGUCAGAAAGUUACAUGAUCACUUUCGAAGUAGAGGAAGAAAAGUUUCCGCUGUUUGGGAAGAGGUAUCAGCUGAAAUUCUCUGGUGACAACCCUCCUGAAGACCAUUGCUUGGUUCACUUCCCAAGCUUAAUCAGGUUAGCGAGAGAAGCUGGCCUUGAAUAUGUGGAGAUUCAAAGUUUAACAGAUUUUUAUGAUGAUAACAGAGCCCAAUUUGCAAGCUUGCUGAUGAGUGCUGGCCCGAACUUUGUUGACCCUAGAGGAAAACUUCUUCCACGGGCAUUUGAUUUAUUAGCAGGGCUCUAUGCAACAUUUAUAUUUCAGAAGCCUGACCCAGACCUUGAACCUCCUUUAAGGACUCCAAUACCUUUCGAGAGUUGUAAUGAUAAUGAUGAGGCAAGCAGAGACUUUCCGAUGGUCACUGACACAAGGGCACCUUCAGAAGAUUCAUCACAAGGACUAGGGAAGAUUAGUGAGCAAAAGGGAAUAUUGGGACCUGGCCCUGCUGAUUUACGUUUCUCUGAGGCAAUUUGA